AUGGACAGGGGCAACCAGACGAGAAUCACAGAAUUCCUUCUUCUGGGACUCUCUGGGGAGUCAGAGCAGGAAGAGGCUCUUUUUGGGCUGUUCUCAUGGGUAUACUUGGCCACCAUCAUCGGGAACUUUCUCAUCAUCUUGGCCAUCAGCUGCGACAGGAAUCUCCAUACACCCAUGUACUUCUUCUUGGCCAAUCUCUCCUGCGUCGACAUCUGUUUUUCAUCAGUCACAAUCCCCAAGACGCUGGUGAAUCACAUAUUGGGAAGCAAGUCUAUCUCUUACGAGGAAUGUAUGACCCAGAUCUACUUCUUCAUCACUUUCAUCAACAUGGAUGGAUUCCUCCUGAGUGUGAUGGCCUAUGACCGUUACACUGCCAUCUGCUGCCCGCUACACUACGCUGUGAUCAUGAGGCCCAAACUCUGUGUCCUUCUGGUGGUCGUGUCUUGGGUCAUUACAAACCUGCAUGCUCUCCUUCAUACUCUUCUCAUGGUUCAAGUUACAUUUUGUUCCACCAAUGCUGUGCAUCACUUCUUCUGUGACCCUUACCCUAUUCUGAAGCUGUCUUGUUCUGACACCUUUAUCAAUGAGUUGAUGGUAUUCACUGUGGGUGGGCUUACAUCUAUUACACCAUUCACAUGUAUCACUGUUUCAUAUGCUUUUAUUUUCUCUAAUGUGUUAAAAUUUCCAUCUAUUCAGGGAAUAAGGAAAGCCCUGUCCACAUGCGGAUCCCACCUCACUGUGGUCUCCCUCUUCUAUGGGGCAAUCCUGGGUGUCUACAUGCGCCCUUCAUCCUCCUACUCAGUCCAAGACACAGUGGCCACUAUCAUCUUCACAGUGGUGACUCCCCUGGCCAAUCCCUUCAUCUACAGCUUGAGAAAUCGUGACAUGAAGGAAGCCUUAAGGAAACUAAUUAUUAGAAGACUAGUUUUAACAAGAUCCUAG